CCUAGCAUCAUUUCUUCCAGGCAACAUAACAAGGAGGAGGACGCUGGCGCAUUAACAACGCACCUGCAACUGUCAUCAGCAUCUUCGGUCAAUACCAGUAUUGAUGGUCAUUAUUGGAACUUAUCUCCUCAACACUGACCAGUAUACCUGAACAGUUGUCGGCUUAUUUGAAGUGAACGUUUACCUGUGCAGGUGUACUCCUGUAUCCUGAACACAGAGGUUUUACGUGCAGAUGACGAAAGUGUCGCCUCAGGGAUAGGCGAAAUUUUGAAAACAUUUCCUCAACACUUGCUAUAAAUCAUUACCCCAUUUUCCCAAUGAUGUCGAAGCCAGAGAACCAGGUCGCUCACGACGAUAUGGACAGCGACGUUGACGAGAACACACUGGUAGAUGUGGACGACUCCGGCUCUGACGGCAGUAUUCCCAGCCCGACCCACGGGAUGACCGAGAGACUGAUCCCAGUCACAGGCAGCCCGGGGGUCCCGCACGAAGACAUGCGAGACACACCCACUCCCGAGGGAUCCCUGAGUCCCGGCCAAGCGUCAGAUGCAGAUAUGAAAGAUCGAAACGCUGACUACAAUCAAGUGCGACGGUACCGCACGGCCUUCACAAAAGAGCAGAUAACUCGCCUAGAGAAGGAAUUCGCCAAGGAGAACUAUAUCAGCCGCCCGAAACGUUGUGAGCUUGCAGCGUCUAUGAAUCUGCCCGAGAGUACCAUCAAGGUGUGGUUCCAGAACAGACGAAUGAAAGACAAGCGUCAGCGUAUGGCCCUGGCAUGGCCAUAUGGCAUCCCCCCAGAUCCCCAGUUGUACGCAUAUCUGGCCGCAGCUGCAGCGACGUAUCCAUAUGGACUUCCGGGUCCUGCGCACAUGGGACAUCCGGCUCUCUCACUACCAGGUCACUCGGGGUUAUCUCCCUUCCAUAUGCCCGGAGCAAUCCAGCACCGACCAGAACUCAUGUCAUCUGUGAGCACAGCGUUUCACAAACCCCAGACUCUUGUAGAUGGACUUCCCGUUAGUGCAGCAUCCUCCCUCGGAUAUUCCUUAAACUUUGGUCACAUGUCAGGUGCCAGCCUCCCAGAACACCCGCUCCUGUCAUCCGGGCUUUCAUUGUCGUUGUCGGGGAAACCCUGCCCAUGUCAUGGCAGUAUAGGACUUCACCCGAUAUCUGCGCAUGUUUCCGGUUUGGUCCCAGGUGCAUCAACAUCACCUCCAUCAGCGAGAAAAAGUGAAAUAAAUCUAUCAUAGUAUUUGUAGGCAAAUACGUGUCAUCAAUGUGCUUUAAAUUGUAUAAAUCUGACAAUCCAGUGUUGGCCUCGUGGUGCUCUGUGCAACUGAAAUGUCUUGUUGUGUGUGAGCAAUGUAAAUGUCAGACUUGGUGCAUCUACAGACUGUCAAUGUGGAAGAUGCACAUGGCGCCAAACGAAGACCUAUAUGCAGAAGAUCCAUGACCGACGUCCUCGAAUGGGCGCCUGACCUCGGUUGAACAGUGUUAGAAGGGCAUGGCAGACACGAACGACUGGGCGCCGGCCUUGUCUGAAUAGUGAUAGCUGCACAUUGAAGACCCGUGGAAAUACGCACUUACGGUUCCUGCUUCAGGUCGUAAACACUGUUGUUAGGAUGUAUUCGAACCUUGCCACGACAACGGGAGUGACCACUGGCGUGCAGUCCUACAGAGGUGAUACAAGUCUGCCUCCACAUCUGUGAUAGGUCAGUCGUUGACAUUCACCCCCGAUCUACUCGACGUUUGUACGUUUCUGCUACGACAUUACGUCACCGACUUAUGCGCCCCACGGUAAAACUUGCCUCGUUUCAAUUAUGUAAAUACAGAGGUUGUACAGAAAAUAAAACAAUGCCCAAAUCUA